AUGGCGGUCCUAAAUUACGAAUACGACCCUUCACUUGUGUCAGACCCUGUGCGAGAACUUCUUAAUAGUCUCUUUGGAAAUGCCGAUAUACGGGAAGCAAAGGAUGCGUGGUUGAACUGCUUUACCGAUGACGCCAAGAUUUGGAGAAAUGGGAAGUCCUCAAACGGCGGAGCAGAAAUAAAGCAAAUGAUCAACAAUUCUUGGAUUAACGUGACUUCUCGGAGUCAUCGGCCGGCCAAGGUCUACUCUUUCGAUGCUGCGUCAUCUGAACUAAUGGUCGACGGCACCACGGUGUAUAAUUGGGAAGACGGGACGACGAAGACUGGAGUGUGGGCAUGCAGAAUCCGUAUCCAGAAGGUCGAUGGCCAACCCAAGAUCUGCGAUUAUCAUGUCGUCUUUGUAUGCUUCCUUUCUUCUAUCAAUUCGCAUUGGCCAAGUAAAGGCUAA